AUGCAUCAAUACUAGUAGCAAUAGGAUUUAGAUUUAUAAAAGGUAAAAUAAGAACUUGAGGACCAAAAACAAUUGAGGCUCCUUAGCUAGGGAAAAGGAACGUUGGGAUAAAUUUUUAUAGCAGAGCAUAUAAUUUAGAAAUCUUACCAUGCAGUUAAAAUCUUCUCACUUUAGGAUGAGAAGAAUUAGAUUUCUGCAAAAAAACUAGAUAAUGCUAAAAGAGAAGCAGAAUUGCUGAAGAAUGUUAAUCAUCCCAAUAUAAUCAGGUAUGUCGAUGAAUUUUAAAUCAACUUGAAUUACUUUAUCGUAACUGAGAAAUGUGUAAAAAACUUAGAAUAAUUUAUUUAAGAGUUUUAGAGCCAAUUGGCCUCAAUUUCUAGACAUCAGCUUGUUAAUUUUGCUUGUUAAAUACUGUCUGCAAUUAAUUACCUCCACCAAAAAAACUACAUUAUGAGAGAGCUCUCAAUAAGGAGCAUUUUGAUAGAUAGCGUUAACCAAAUCAAACUCUGUGAUUUUGGUCAAGCAAAAUAAGUUCAAGAAGAAAUCAGCUAUUCUCUGAUUUUAAGAAAUAUACCUAAAUCUGUCAUUUUUUAUUACCCACCUGAGCUUGUUAAAUAAGUAGAAGCAAACGUAGAAUAAAACAAAAAAGAAUUUAUGUUGUAUUUUAACAAAGAUAUUUGGGCAUUUGGGAUAUGGCUUUAUCUUUUAGCAGGAGCUACUUAAAAAAAUUGCUAUAAACUUAUGAAAAAAGGUUAUUAAGCUUUGCAAUGUUUAGAUUAGUCUUUAAGUUAAAUUCUCUCUCAAACUCUUUCUUUAGAUCCAUUUAAAAGACCAAGCAUUUUAAAACUUGUUGAUUUUUUCUAAAGCUUUAGGAAAUAAUUAUGGAAUUCUGAGUAAGCAAAAAUAGUUUAUUGUUAAUUUAAGAAAAUGAGAAAACAAAAUUAAUUAUAUUUAGCAUAUUAGCUUAUAUCAAUUUGUUUUUAAAUGUAGCCAAAAAAUGAAAAAUAUUCAUUUUAAUUAGCUAAUGUUUAAGACCAGCUAAAGUAUUAGGAAGCAAUAAAUUAAUAUUUGAAAUGCAUUGAGCUGAACCCAAAAGAGGAUAGUUAUUUAUUGUUUCUUGGAAUUGCUUAAAGGAAUUAAGGCAUGUUUGAUGAAGCAAUAAAAUCAUUUAAGGAGUGUUUAAACUUGAAUCCUAAUUAUGAUGUGUGCUAUUUUAACUUAGGAAUUGUUUAUAAGAUCAAAAGAAUUUAUGAUGAGGCCAUUAAAUAGUUUUAAAAAUGUCUAAGGCUAAAUCGUAAAUAUGACGCUUGCUUAUUUAAUUUGGGAAUAUCAUAUAAGAAGAAAGGUAUGCUGAAUAAGGCUAUCAAAUAAUAUAAGAAGUGUCUGAGUUUAAAUCCUAAAUACGAUGCUUGUCAUUAUAAUUUAGGGAUUGCUUAUAAGAAGAAAGGCAUGGUGGAUGAAGCACUUAAGUCAUUUUAGGAUUGUAUUGAUUUAAAUCCUAAAUAUGGCGCUUGCUAUUAUAACAUAGGAAAUAUCUAUUUGAUGAAAGACUUGCUUGAGGAAGCAAUUGCUUAGUAUUAAAAAUGCUUAACUUUAGAUCCAAAUUAUGAAGCUUGCUUUUUUAAUUUAGGUGUUAUUUAUAAGAAGAAAUGUAUGAUAGAAGAAGCUGUUAACUUAUUUGAGAAAUGUCUAAGUUUAAAUUAAAAAUAUUAUGCUUGCUAUUAUAACUUAGGACUCAUUUAAAAUGAGAAAGGAAUUAUUGAUGAAGCAAUUAAAUUGUUCUUAAAAUGUCUUGAUAUUAAUCCAAAUUUUGAUGCUUGCUAUUAUAGUCUUGGAGUAGCUUAUAAAAAUAAAGGCAUGCUAAAUGAUGCCAUAAAAUAAUUUUAAAAUUGCAUAAAUCUCAAUUCUAAAUUAGAUUAUUGCUUUUUCGAAUUAGGAAAUGUUUAAUACGAUUAGGGCAUGCUGGAUGAAUCUGUUUAAUCUUAUUUGAAAUGUAUUGAUCUAAAUUAAAGUUUCUAAAAUUGUUCUUUGAAAUUAGGAAAUAUUUAUCAGUAAAAAGGGAUGCUAGAUGAGGCAAUUAAAUAAUUUUAGAAGUAUCUUAGUAUUGAUUCAGAAAAUGAUACUUGUCAAAUGAAUUUAGGUAUUUGUUUAGAAAAAACAGGAAAGCUGGAUGAAGCUAUAAAAUAGUUUUAAAAUUGUCUUGAUUUAAAUCCAAAAAAUGAAAUUUGUUAUUUAAAGAUUGGCGAUGUCUACAGGAAGAAAGCAAUGAUUAAUGAAGCUAUUAGCGCAUAUAAAAAAUGCUUAGAAAUAAAUCCAAAGAAUGACAUUUGUUGCUUAAGCUUAGGCAUUUGCUUGGAGAAUUCAAAUAAAAUAAAUGAAGCCAUCGAAUGCUAUUUAAAUUGUAUUGAAAUUAAUCCUUAAAAUGAUAUUUGUUACAUGAAUUUGGGAAAUUUGUAUUAAAAUUAAAAUGAGCUUGAUAAGGCUAUUGAGUCAUACUAUAAAUGUUUGAAUGUAAACCCAUAGUUAGAUAGCUGCUAUUAUUAUUUAGGAGAAGCUUAAUAUAAAAAAUCUCUAUUUGAUGAAUCAAUAAAGUCAUACUUAAAGUGCUUAGAAAUUAAUCCAAACAAUGAAGCUUGUUACUUAAGUUUAGGUUAGACUUAUCAGAAUUAAGGCAUGAUAAAUGAGGCAAUCUUAAUUUAUGAAAAAUCACUAAACCUAAAUAUAAAGAUUGAUGUUUGUUGCUUGAAUUUAGGAGUUUGCUAUGAAAUAAAAGGAAGAAUUGAUGAAGCAAUAAAAAAAUAUUAAUAAUCAAUUGAAAUAAACCCAGCAAAUGAUGUUUGUUUUUUGAACUUAGGAAACGCUUAUUUGAAUAAAGGAAUGUUUGACGAAGCAAUCUAAGCAUAUUAAAAAUGCUUGCAGCUAAACCCGAAAAAAGAAGCUUGCUAUUUAAAUCUUGGCAAUGUGUAUUAAAUUAAAGGGGAACUAGAUAAGGCUAUUAAAUGUUAUCAGAAAUGCAUAAUUUUAAAUCCAAAAAAAGAUAUUUGCUAUUUGAAUUUAGGUAAUGCAUAUUAAAAUAAAGGUAAUUUAGAAGAGUCCAUUAAAAAUUAUCAGAAAUGUCUAAAUCUUAAUCCAAAAAAUGACACUUGUUUGGAAAACUUGGGAAACGCUUUUAAAAAUAAAGGAAUGAUAGAAGAAGCCAUCAAAUAAUAUCGAUUUUGUCUAUAAUUAAAUCCAAAUAAGUAUUCUUGCUAUUUGAAUUUGGGUAAUACUUACUAGAAAAAAGGAAUGCUAGAUGAAGCUAUUGAAUGCUAUAACAAAUGUAUAAAUAUCAAUCCUAAUAAUGAAACGAGUUACGCCAAUUUAGGGCUCUGCUAUUUAAGCAAAGAUAUGAAGUAUGAUGCCAUUAAACAAUUCUAAAAAUGUCUUCAAAUUAACCCAAAUAAUAAAACUUGUCUAAUUAGUCUAUAAAAAAUGCAAAAUAAAAAAAAUUGA